AGCUCUUUCAUUGACUUUCUAGUCUUUUUUUUUUUUCUUUUUUUUCUGAAUAAAAUCCAAGAUCCUUUGCUAGUGAUCUCUCUCUAAGUUGAGCUAGUAAUUGUUGUGAGAAAAAAAAAAUGAGUGAUGCUAUUAGUUUCUUUCAGUUGAACACAGGAGACAAGAUACCUUCUAUUGGGUUAGGAACAUUUAGUGUUGAUCCUGCUGUUGUCGUUGCUGCCAUCAAGGUGGGGUACAGACAUAUUGACUGUGCUGAAUCCUAUUCCAAUCAAGCAGAGAUUGGUUCUACUCUCAAGAAGCUUUUUGAAGAUGGUAUUGUGAAGCGUGAGGACUUGUGGAUCACCUCCAAACUCUGGUGCACAGAUCAUGAUCCAGAAGAUGUGCCAAAAGCAUUAGAAAGAACUUUACAGGAAUUGCAACUUGACUACAUAGAUCUCUAUCUUAUACAUUGGCCAGUUCGCAUGAAAAAGGGUUCAGUUGGAGUAAAACCUGAAAAUGUUAUACAACACGACAUUCCCAGCACAUGGAGAGCAAUGGAGGCACUCUAUGAUUCAGGCAAGGCUAGAGCCAUAGGAGUGAGCAAUUUCUCUUCAAAGAAGCUUCAAGAUUUGUUGGAUAUAGCAAGAGUUCCUCCUGCUGUUAACCAAGUGGAAUGCCACCCUGGAUGGCUGCAGCCAAAGUUGCAUACAUUCUGUGAAUCUAAAGGAAUUCACCUAUCUGGAUUUUCCCCAUUGGGGUCACAAGGAUUUCUCAAGAGUGACUUGCUUAAGAAUCCUGUUAUCAACAUAGUUGCUGAGAAACUGGGGAAGACACCUGCACAAGUAGCCCUUCGAUGGGGCUUACAAAAGGGGCAUAGUGUGCUACCAAAGACCUCUAAUGAAGCCAGGAUCAAGGAAAAUUUUGAUGUCUUCAACUGGUCUAUACCUGAAGAACUGAUGGCUAAGUUCUCUGAAAUUAAACAGGAAAGGCUUAUAAACGGCACUGGAUUAUUUGUUCAUGAAAGCUAUGGUGUCUAUAAGACUGUUGAAGAACUAUGGGAUGGCGAAUAAUUUAAUGUGCUAGAUGCAAAAAGUUACGAGUCCACUCACUGCUAGAGGAGUUUGAAUAUUACUAUAUAUUACAAUAAUACCUUGUGACAAGGACCCACGUUGGAGAUAAUAGUGCGCCAUAAAAGAACCAAUAAAAUAGUUUAUGUAUGAAUGUUGUGUUUUUGAAUCUUCUUAAGAAUGUUUUUAAAGUAGUGAUCUCUUUGCCGUCACAACCGACACCAACGAGGAUCUGACCCCAUCACCAUUAUUAAAAGGAAAAAAAAAAAACUGAUCUUAU